AUGUUGCGCUCGGUUGUUCUCACCACCGUCCUGGGUGCUUGCUCUGCCCUGGCAGCAAAGUGCUCGCUCACGCAGAAAUGUCCCCAGGAUUCUCCUUGCUGCUCCCAAUAUGGCGAGUGCGGUGUUGGCGCCUACUGUCUCGGAGGCUGUGAUCCACGCAUGUCCUAUAAUCUUUCCUCUUGCGUCCCGGCUCCAGUUUGCUCAGACAGAACCACCAAGUUCACGAACCUCGAUAGCAUUGUCGAUAUCAGCGAAUACCUCGGGGAUUCUAGCAAGAAGGACUGGGUAGCUCAAGGAGAGCCCGCUUCCAAGGACGGAAGCGUUUUGCUCACCAUGCCCAAGAACAGUGUCGGAACUGUUCUGGCGUCUACUACGUACAUGUGGUACGGCAAUGUCAAGGCCAAGUUCAAGACCAGCCGUGGCCGUGGUGUGGUUACCGCCUUCAUUCUGCUCUCCGAUGUUAAGGACGAAAUUGACUACGAAUUCGUCGGCGUCGACCUCCAAACUGCGCAGACCAACUACUACUUCCAGGGUAUUCCUGACUACCAUAACUCUGGCAACAUCAGCUUGUCUGACACUUUCCACAACUUCCACGAGUACGAGAUUCGCUGGACCCCGGACAAGAUUGAGUGGCUUGUCGAUGGCCAGGUCGGCCGCUCCAAGGAUCGCAAGGACACCUGGAACGAGACUUCGCAAAGCUGGAUGUUUCCCCAGACCCCUGCUCGUGUUCAGUUGUCUAUCUGGCCUGGCGGUGCUGCCACCAAUGCUAAAGGUACCGUUGACUGGGCUGGUGGCUCCAUGGACUGGGAUGCCGAGGACAUCAAGAAAGCCGGUUACUUCUAUGCCACCUUCUCCGAAGUCACUAUUGAGUGCUACGAUGCUAAGAACGCUCCGGGUACCAACAAUGGAAAGAGCUACACCUACAACAAUGCCAAGGGAACCAACGACACCGUUGUUGAUGGCAAGGCCGACACUGUUCUUGGGUCGUUUGAUGGUACAGGCUUCAACAUGAAGAAGGACGAAGCUUCUGCCUCACAGAGUGGCAACUCCCCCAAGAAAACUCAGGCAACUAUUCCCGGCGGUGGUAGCAGCGGAAGCGGCCAAGACCACAGCGGCAAGUCUGGUAAUUCUGGCGGCAGCGGCAGCGACGGCUCUGGUGGUUCCGGUGGUAACUCUGGAUCUGGCGGUUCUGGCGGCAGCAGUGGCUGUGAUUCCAAGACGUUCAACCAGGACUGCAACGGUGGCAGUGACACUACCGGCAAGAGUGGCAAUGGCAAGAAUAGCGGUACCCGAGCGAGCGCCAGUGCAUUGGCCAUGAUCAUCGCUGGAUGCGCUCUGUUCUGGCUGUAA